AUGCUUUUCAAAAGAUUACUCGCUUUGACGGCAUUAACGGUGCCCAUAGUAUCGGCUGGUUGGGAAGACAGGGAAACUCCUCUUGUGUUCUCCAUAGAACAAGACGAGUCUGAGCUUCUUUCGCUGGAGAAAAAACUCAUUGAGAUCCCAUCGGUAUCUAAGGAGGAGACUUUGGUUGCUGACUUCCUGAAGGGGUAUCUCGAAGAAAAAGGACUAACUGUGGAGACAAUUCCAUUGGAUGAUGGUACAGGCAGAUAUAACAUCUAUGCCUACCAGGGAACCACUCGGGCCACAAAAGUUUUGUUGACAGCCCAUAUUGACACUGUUCCUCCAUACAUUCCAUUUUAUGUCGAAGGAGAUAGAAUAUACGGAAGGGGUUCCAAUGACUGCAAGGGCUCUAUUGCGUCUCAGCUCACGGCCUUGUUUGAGCUGCAGGAGAGCGGAGCGGUCAAGGAAGGCGAUGUGUCCGUCUUGCUUGUUGUUGGCGAGGAGAUUGGUGGCGAUGGCAUGCACAAGGCAUCAGCCACAUUGGGAGAUCUCUGGGAUACCGUCAUUUUUGGAGAGCCUACCGAGAACAAACUUGCCGUUGGCCAUAAAGGUAUCUACAUGUUCAAGGUCAAGGUCACCGGUAAGGCUGCCCAUUCGGGGUACCCUGAGCUCGGAAUUGAUGCGAACAGAAUCAUGAUCAAACUGGCAGCCAACCUGUAUGCUGCUGAUUGGCCAAUCAGUGAAACAUUGGGAGAGACCAACGUCAACAUAGGAACCUUUUCCGGUGGAGUGGCUGGUAAUGUGGUGUCCCCUUAUGCUGAAUUUACCACCGUGAUCAGGAACUCUGCGGAUUCAGAGACAAUUGAUGCAAUCGUUGGUAACGCAAUUGGCGACCAGGAACACGUUGAUUUCGAGCUGGUCCAGAAGAACGAUCCCGUCUACUUGAACUACAAAGUCCCAGGGUUCGAUUCAUUCAUUGCUUCCUACUCAACAGAUGUUCCAUUCCUCAAUGGAAACUUCACCAGAUACCUGUAUGGGCCAGGCUCCAUCUUGGUGGCCCACAGUGAUCACGAGUACGUCACCUUUGACAGUCUCAAGACUGCGGUGGAGGGAUACAAAACUCUCAUUACCUACUCUUUGUAG